GUGGUCACUCACGAAAUCUUGCCGCAGCUGGUCUACUCGUUGGCACAGCAGAACCGCUUCUACAAGAAAGCGGCAGCCUUUGUUCUGCGGGCAGUCGCCAAACAUUCGGCGCCACUUGCGCAGGCUGUGGUGGAUUCCGGUGCAAUGGAGUCGUUGGUGCUUUGCUUGGAGGAGUUCGACCCUGCAGUGAAAGAGUCGGCCGCAUGGGCGCUGGGAUAUAUUGCAAAACACACCAAGGACCUGGCCCAGAGCGUCGUAAACGCUGGCGCAGUGCCUUUGUUGGUCUUGGCGUUUCAGGAGCCAGAUCUCACCGUGAAACGCAUCAGCGCCUCUGCCCUCAGCGACAUCGCCAAACAUAGCCCCGAGCUGGCGCAACUGGUGGUGGAUGCUGGCACCUGUUCCCUAUUGGUGAAGGAGGUGUCCAACAGCGACGUUGGGCUGAAACGUCAGGUGUGCGGUUGCCUGGCGCGGAUCGCCAAGCAUUCGGUCGACCUGGCCGAAGUAGUCGUGGAGGCCGAAGUCUUCCCACGGAUCCUGCACUGCUUGCGCGACGUCGAUGAGGUGGUGCAGAAAAAUGCCGCCACCUGCGUGCGAGAGUUAUCCCGACAUACUCCGGACUUGGCGAAGCUCGUUGUGAACGCUGGCGGUAUCGCUGCUAUGGUGGACUAUGUUCAGGAAGCUCGUGGCAAUGCACGCUUGCCAGGGAUCAUGACCUUGGGCUACGUCUCAGCGUUCUCGGAGACCUUGGCACUGGCAGUGGUUGUAUCAAGAGGAAUUCCUCCUCUGAAAGAUGCACUGAUCAAUGAACCAGAGGACCAUGUGAAGGCGGCGGCCGCAUGGUCCUUGGGGCAAAUUGGUCGCCACAGCCCCGAUCAUGCGCGGGCGCUUGCAGAGGCAGAUGUCUUGAGGAGGAUCUUGGCGGUCUAUCUGCACCGGGAUUCGAGUGAAGAUUUGCAACUGAAAGCCAAGCGAGCCCUGAAACUCGACCUGUCACAUGCCGAGGAAGAGCGUCAUCCAGAAGUGCGCACACCUGCCAGCGCUGGAACCACUUUUGGACUCGCCACCGAAUAUCUUGAAGUGCCUUGGGCGUUUCGGACCGCCCUGGCACAAGCUCUGUUGCACUGGGCACACCCUGGCCCCUCUCAUUCAACCUUGACCAAGUGGCCUGCAACCGCAACUUUACUUUGUAGGUACGUGGUGCAGCAGUUUGCCAAGGUCUUACCCAACGACAUGGAGGCGCGCAAGGCCUUUGUGCAGUCUGGAAGUUUGCAGAAGCUCCAGGAGGUGCAGGCGGAGCGAGGUUCCAAACUGCAGGAAAUGGUGGAUACCAUCAACUUGCAGUACCCGCCGGAGAUUGUACAGUACUACUCUCCGAACUAUGCGCAGUCGUUGCUUGAAAAGAUGGAGGCUUUUAACCCCUCGGGCUGA